CGUCGAACAGAUGCUGGCGGACGCGGUGCAGCAAGCCGACCGUGUGUGCUCCUACGGGAUGCAGCUCAACUGGGACAUCAACGAUCCGCAGAUGCCGCAGGAGCCAGCCUUCUUUGACCACUUCCAAGAGUGGCCGGAUGGCUAUGUGCGCUUCAUCUACAGCAGUGAGGAGAAGAAGGCGCAGCGCCACCUGAGCGGCUGGGCCAUGCGCAACACCAACAACCACAACGGCCACAUCCUAAAGAAGUCGUGCCUGGGCGUGGUGGUGUGUGCACAGGCCUGCGCCAUGCCCGAUGGCUCCCGCCUGCAACUGCGGCCGGCCAUCUGCGACAAGGCCAGGCUGAAACAGCAGAAGAAAUCAUGCCCCAACUGUCAUUCUGCAUUGGAGUUGAUUCCUUGUCGGGGGCACAGUGGAUACCCUGUAACCAACUUUUGGCGGCUUGAUGGCAACGCGAUAUUUUUUCAGGCCAAGGGAGUUCAUGAUCACCCAAGACCAGAGAGCAAAUCAGAGACAGAAGCUAGAAGAAGUGCCAUCAAGAGACAAAUGGCCUCUUUUUACCAAUCCCAGAAAAAGAGAAUUCGAGAACCUGAGGCAGAAGAAGAUGAAGACAGCAGUGGACAUUUCAGCCACAUACUUCCCCUGGAAAACCCAGAACAGUUUGACAUAAUUAUUGACACUGGCUUCCCGGUUCCAGGACAGGCUUGCCCUUCCUUCCCAAACUCUGAUGCUUACAAAGCUACCUGUGACCUAGCCACUUUUCAAGGAGACAAAAUGCUACCCUUUCAGAAAUAUCCAAACCCAAGAAUCUAUUUGCCUAGGCCAUCUUGCAGCUAUGAAUUGGCAGGCCCUGGUUAUACAAAUUCGAGCCCAUAUUCCACCCUUUACAAAGAAGCCACUGGUAUCCCUACUGACACAGACUGGGUUCAUCUGAAUGCACUGCAAUAUAAUGUCAAUUCAUACAGCACCUAUGAGAAAAGUUUUGAUUUCACCAAUAAACAACAUGGCUGGAAACCAGCUCUUGGAAUACCUGGUCUUGGGGAGAGGACUGAGCAUGGACAGUUCCAGGCUGUGGCCAAUCUCCCUUAUUACAAUCCAGAGCUCCCCUGCAGGUACCUCACGACUGCCCCACCAGGUGCCCCUGCCCUACAGACAGUGAUUACCACCACCACCCAAGUGUCCUACCAGGCCUACCAGCCCCCUGCUCUGAAGCACGGUGACAACGUACGAGAGGUCAAGAGGCUUUCAGGCUGUAACUGUGCUCCUGGGGACACCCAGAUGUCUGUCUGUCCAGAAGCCUUGAGCCCUCUAGCUACAGUCACCAGGGCAGCCUCUCCCUUGGGGCCACUUCCUUUGAAAAUUCCAGGAGACUGCCGGGCCUUCAUACCCACUUUGGCUUUUCCUCAAGAGUCCGCUUCCUCUAGGACGGAUGGAACAGAGACCUGGGAUGUGUGUCUGUCUGGGAUGGCCCCUGCAAUCAGUUACUCAGAUAGAGUGGCUCCGAUCUUUAGCUAUGACAGUGAGGACUUUUGAAAGACAACACAGGGGACAACAUAAUACUGGCAGGCAUGCAGGCAGCGAAAUGUAAAAUGGCAACUAUCUCCUGUUGAGUUGGGAGAUUGAUUUUGUUUGCAAAGAAAUAAAGACAAUGGUAAAAAUGCUGAGUAGCUAAGGAAAUAUUAUAAUUAGUGAGAAAUGUUUAGAUAAUGUAGGGAAAUUUCGCACAGCAUUUCAAAACCCACUGUAGUGCAUAGAAGUAGGUUGGGAAAGUAUGACUCUCCCAAGAGAAUAAAUAAGCAAACUGGAAAAGGUUAAAGAAAUACUGACUUUGGUUCACUUAGCUUAUUAGCUGGAGUAGAAGUCAAGGAUCCUGGUUCUCAUUUUGAGCCUUUUCCCAUUAGGCCCAUAUUAGGGAAUUCCACACAUCCUUAUUUGGCCCUUAGAGGCUGUCAAAGCAGCUUUAGGAAGGAAUCGUUACAAGCGUAUCUCCUGAGUCAUUUCAUGAAAUUUUUGUUUAGCAUUUAGAAUAUGUUAAAAUAUUUCAGGAAAUAAUCUUGAUCAUUUUAUUUACGAAAUGUAUACCUGCAGCUUUUCAAAAAAU